GUAUCUAAUAAAAUGAAUUCAGUUUUGUUCAGUUUUAUGUACCUGUGUGUUUUGGGUCUGUGUGAUUGUUGUAGAUGCCCUGUUCGGCCAAACUUGGACCUGGGAUGUACGUCUGAUUUUAUAUUUAGGACCAAAGUGAUGAGUGGCCUUAAAAAUCCCAACGACACGUCCGGUUCAUAUUAUCAGAUUAGCAAACCAAGCUAUGCAUAUACUUACAAAUUUAAUUUCAAGUCUGACGUGUCAGCCGUUAACAAAGCGAGAUUAUACGCAAAUGCCGGAGCAUGUGACGUCUAUUUAACAAAAGGGAGGAUUUACGUUGUGUCAGGGAGGGUCGAUAAAGAAAAGCAGCGCAUGGAGAUCGAUAUGUGUUCAUCGUGGGUGGAGACGACUCCAAUCAGUUCCGAGUCCAAGAGGCUAUUAAUAAAGUUUAAACGAGGAACCGUGUUGUGUCCGAAGUGAAUAUUACAAUUACGGUUGUGUUUAUAGUAGUGUUCAAUUAUUUACUGCAUAAAAUACGCUUGCACCAUAAAGUCAACGAAACGAAUCGUCAAUGUGUUUUUGUCGUAUUCACUGUAAGCCAAACUAUUUAUGUGAUCAAUUAUAUUCAUUGUAACAACUCUAACCGCAAUGCCAAAAGAAGAUCUUACACAUAUGCUGCAUAUAAACUAUUACUAUUUAGACAUUUAUAAACAGGGAUACGUGUGUAGGUUAAGCUUAUAAACGAAUUAUGCUAUAUUUUGUAUUGCUCAUGUCGAUCAAAUCAAAUCGCCAUAAAGAAAUGUCGAGUCCCUUGCAACAAUCCCGAAACUUUGAACAGUGUUAUGGAUCGCGCAC